AACGUCAAAUGGCGAGAACACAACAAUCCAAGAGGGAAGGGACUCAAAGAGCAAAGGGGGGAAAUGUCUAUUUAUUACUUCAUACCUACCUACCUACCUACCUAGUAUCUACCAUCAACCGACCUACCUAUCCACCACCCACCGACCUUGGACCUUGGUAUAGUUGUAACCUACAAAGGUAAUAAAUCACUUUAAUCACUUCUUCCUCUUCCUCUUCUUUCUUUUCUCCUUCUUCUUUCUUUUUCCAUCUUCACUUCUCCAUUUCUCCAUCAUACCUACCCUACCUACCCUACCUCGCCUACCUCGCCUACCUUCACUCACUUCACUGGUCCCUCCUACCAUAUGAAGGACCCAAUUAUUUCAAUAUUUCCAAUCCAUUUCAAAGCCAAAAAAAAAAGACCCAAAAGACCCAAAAGAGAGAGCAGCUCGGGAUACCCAAUUAAUCAAUUAAUUCGAUCCAAUCCCAUCCCAUCUUUUCAUGUCCGCAAGAUCCGCCUUGCUUGCUUGCUUGCAUAUUCGGGUGAAAUCAUCCUUUCUUUAUUAGUCGUUAUCUCAUUACAGUAACGCUUGAACCAUGGCACAAUGGCAAUUGCUCCAUCCAUUAUUUUCUUUACGUCCGCAUACCUUUUCCUUACAUGUCCCUAUGCAAGAAUAACAGGAAGAGGAAAGAAGAAAUAUCCUUUUUUUCCCCCAAUGGUAUGCUAUUAUUCAGCAGACUGGGUACUUCAUGCAAUUUAUGCAUAAUAGAAUUCCAUCGAGUCACUAGAAGAAAACGAUCGACCUCUCGCACGCUCUCUUAAUUACUUUCUUACAUCCAUACAUCCAUACAUACAUCCAUACAUUGUCAGACCUCCCAAGACCUCAAUAUCUGCAUCUCUUGCGCUGCCAAGCGGAACAUUUCUUGUCAAUUGCUACUACCUUGCCUUACCCUUUUCCUAUUGACUCUUCUUGUUCAGCCCAGUUUUUCCUUAUAUCCGAGGGCGUCAACGUCAAGACUAUUCAAUCAGAAUAAGAGGGGUCAAUUGCCCGAGCACUACCUUCCUUACCAAUACCUCAUUCGGCCAGUCCGAUUUGUGAUUCCAUUAAUCGUAGCAGAAUAAUAGAAAGUUACAAUUGAUUCAUCAUUUCCUUUCUCUCAUUGAGAUUGCGACUCAAGAAGUCUUUUUCAAUUUUCUUACUUAUAAUCUUUCAAAGAUGUCAGGCACAUCAACCGACAAACAGCCGCAAUCGCAACCCGCAGCUCAAACUCAAUCAAGUCAAGAAACUCCUCUCAGUCCGAAUCAAUCAUCGCCCGACCUUGAGCCAGCAGAGGAUUGGCCUGCGCCUUCAUCGCAACCACGUCCGGCGCCCUUGCAAAAGAGGAGACGAGUUACAAGGGCUUGUGAUGAAUGUAGGAGGAAGAAAAUAAAGUGUGAUGGAAAGCAGCCUUGUACUCAUUGCACUGUAUAUAGUUAUGAUUGUACAUAUGAUCAGCCCUCAAAUAGAAGAAGGAACCCAGCGCCGCAGUAUGUCGAAUCGUUGGAGCUUCGUCUACAACGAGCAGAGAGCAUUAUAAAAGCUUAUCUCCCAAACAUAAAUCUGAACGAUCCAAACAUAGAUGCUGCAUCAUUACUACACCGACAGGUUGCGCCAACGACCCCUUCGACCACGAGCUCCAUGCGAAGCGCGACCCCACAACCGCCACAGCUAUCAGAAGAAGAUGCGCAGUUGCGAUCAAUGAUAGAAUCUACAGGGCAACUCGAUCUUGACGAACGUGGAAACUGGGACUUUCAUGGUGGUUCCUCGGGAACUGUCUUCAUUAAACGUUUACGUGAACAAUUUGGUAGUUUACUCGGAUCUCCCAACUUGCUUCCCAAACCACCACGUGCGCAAAUGCCGCCCACUUUCGAAUCCCCAAGAUCAUCUACUGAUUCCCCUUAUGAUUCUGGUCUUCCCAACACAAUGGAUCUACCCCCACGAGAAGUGGCCAUGUCUUUAUGUGAAGAUUCAUUGCAUUGCGCUUGUUGUCUCUUACGUUUCGUUCAUGAACCCAGUUUUUAUGAAAUGUUGAAUAGGAUAUACGAUCUACCACCUGACAGUUUUGGUGAUGAGGAGCAUAAAUUCCUGCCGUUACUAUAUAUGGCUUUAGCUUUGGGUUGCAUGUUCUCGUCACAGCCCUCUAAUUCCACGGACCCGAAUGGAAAGAAGUAUAAAAGUAGUAUGGAUCAAGGAUUCAAAUUUUACAAGGCCGCUCGGCAAAUGAUGGAUCUCACUGAUUGUCGCGACAUGACGUCUUUGCAAACAAUUAUAUUCAUGAUCCUGUUCUUACAAGCAACAUCAAACUUGAGCAUAUGCUAUUCUUACAUAGGUCUUGCCCUGAGAUCUGCGUUGCGCAUAGGCUUACACCGUAGUCUCAGUGGCAACUUCAAUCCUAUUGAGCGGGAAACUAGAAAGCGAGUAUUCUGGAUAAUACGAAAGCUUGACACCUAUGUUUCUGCUAUUCUAGGAUUUCCUAUAAUGUUAAGUAGCGAUGACAUUGACCAAGAUAUGCCAAUUGAGGUAGAUGAUGAAUACAUAACUAAGGACGCGAUACUUCCUAUGCCCCCUGGCAAGAUGUCAUUGUAUGUGGCUGCAAAUGCUCACACUCGACUUAUGGGUAUUACAUCGAAGGUUAUUAAGCACAUCUAUCCGAUAAAGGGUCUAGAACAAUCUAUCUCAGGAAACAGCAAAGCAUCAUAUACCAUUAGUCACUCAAAAAUUCGAGAAAUUGAAAAGGAUUUAGCAGAUUGGCUGGACAUGUUACCUAUGGGACUACGUCCUGGAGGUGACGGUCCACCCGAAUUAACACGUAUACAACAACUUCUACGACUAGCAUACGCGCACGUUCAAAUGAUGCUAUAUCGACCCUUUCUUCAUUAUGUCUCUGGAAAAAGCUGUGCUGGGAAAACCAUUGAUGAGCGAUCAUAUGCAUGUGCAGCUGCUGGUGUCAGUGUAGCCCGCAAUAUCAUUCAUAUUACUGCAGAGAUGAAGAAGCAAGGUCUGUUGGUAGGGGCAUAUUGGUUUACCAUGUACACAACCUUCUUUUCUGUCAUAUCCUUGGUAUACUACGUUCUUGAGAAUCCCGAUAAGAGUGGAGCCGCAGAGAUUUUGGCAGACGCAAAUGAUGGAAAGGAUGCUCUGAUUGGUCUUGCUCAGAGAAGUAUGGCUGCCGAUAGAUGUUCUGAAACUCUCAAGCCACUGUUUGAACAACUACCAGAGAAGUUAAAGAAUCGUUCCGUUUCGGCUUCAUCGAAGAAGAAGAGAUCAGCACCGUCGUCCACUCAACCGACGCACCACAGUAGUCCCGAGAUUCCAAGACCAAAUUCUAGUCAUUUCACUCCAAUACCUCGCGCGACGACAUUCCCUCAGACCCCUACCUCGCUCCAAACCAGUGGCCUUCCAAUGCAAAAUCUAAGCAACCGCUUCCACAUGAACACAGCAUCCAAUCCAAAUCUUCGACAAGGGUUUCAAGAUCUCGUAUCACCGAGUGAUUUGUCCACUGCUGGCACUCCUGAAAGCACAGCUUCGACUAGUCAUAGUAUUCCACAAUAUGGUGUACAAAACCAAUUCAAUGCCAAUAACAGUAUACCAUAUCUUACAGGAUUGAUGUUCCCAUCUACAGAUCCUUUUGCAUAUCCAAAUCAACCGAUGAUGGAAUUCGAUGCGCAAAUUAUGAAGCAGGAAAAUGAUAUAGAUAAUACCAGAGCGCAGCAAAUGUAUAUGGGGGGUGGCGGAGCAGGGACUGGAAAUGGAAUGUUUGAUGAUUUGGAGGGACAACUUUUCGGUCCGUUACCACCUUAUAUGAUGCAGGCUCAGCACGGUUUCGAUAUGUCUGGGGCAGUACCUGGAGGUGGAAACGGAGGAGUUGGUGGAGGGGGCAUGGGUGGGAUGAUGCACGGGACAAACGCAACUACGAACACCAGUGGAGCAGGGGGUACAGGAUUCAAUCCUCAGAAUAUGGUGUAUAGUACUGGGAUGAAUUUGGACGGAAUUUUUGAUAAUGUAGGGGGUGAUGCACAAGGAACAGGGAGUGAGUGGGGUGGAAUGGGGGGCCAAGGGUUUAGGUGAGAGAGGGGUUUGGAUGGAACUCAUCGAAUGAGGACAUCGUUACAUUCUACCAAGUUGAUUGAAAUCAACAGACUGCUUCAUCUUCAGCGAAGAGUUUCAGUAUUGCACGGCAUGGAUCGGCACAGACGAAUUAAACGCGGAAUGGGACUAUGUGGAGGCCAACUUUUCUUUGAAAGAAAAGGGUAGGAAAGGGAGAGUGAUCAUGAUACGAUCCAAGGUUUCUUACUUUCUCUUUCGCAUGGUCGAAAUUUAUCAAGUGAUGGUAUAUGUAUGGUUUCAAAAAUCCGAAUUGGUAAUGUGUAAAUGAUGCAUUGUAUUAUACCUUGGGCGUCUGAUUUUGAUGGUGGUGGGAGAUAGGGUAGGAUAGGGGGGAGGGAUCAACAUACGGGAUGGCAUGACAUGGAAUGGCAUGGAAUAAGAUAGGAUCAGCGUUAUGGUUAUGGUUAUGGACAUGGUUCAUGGAUAGAUAUUUUGGGUGUUUUACAGAGGAUAUGGAGUUUGAUUUUGUGAUUGAUUUUUGAUUUUGAAGUUAUUAGGUGGGAAUGAUGUGAAUUGGAAGGUUUAGAAUUGUAUGGAAUCUGUACAGCAUCAAAAUGGUGUAUAUGGAAUUUUUGUCAGAUGAUGUUUACUUUGCUCUCCUUCCCUUCCCUCUCUUCCCUCUUCCCUCUUCCCUUCGUUUUUUAAAUAUCUUUUCUUUCCCCUUUUGAUCUUUCUUGUCUUUUACUUUCACUUUCCUUUUCUUUUCAUUCUCUACAUUCGAAUCCAAAUCUAAUUCCAAUUCCAAUCCAAUUCCACGCUUAACUUUAAAAUGAAAUCAACAUUUUCCUCUUCCUGUUUCCUGUUGCUUCUCUUCCCUCAUAUACUUCAAAUGAUUCAAAUUCCCACCCUCGAAUGAUUUGGAUUUGGAUUUGGAUUGGAUUCGGAUUGGAUUGGAUUCGGAUUGGAUUGGAUUCGGAUUGGAUUGGAUUGGAUUCGGAUUGGAUU